AUGUCGUACAAGCCGAACUUGGCCGCGCACAUGCCCGCCACCGCCCUCAACGCCGCUGGAAGCAUCCACCCGCCUUCCACCAGCAUGGCAGCAUCCUCGAAGUACCGCCAGCUGCUGAGCGACUAUGGGCCGCCAUCCCUGGGCUACACACAGGGAACUGGGAACAGCCAGGUGCCCCAGAGCAAGUACGCAGAGCUGCUGGCCAUCAUGGAGGAGCUGGGGAAGGAGAUACGGCCCACCUACGUGGGGAGCAAGAGCGCCAUGGAGAGGCUGAAGCGAGGCAUCAUCCAUGCUCGAGGUCUGGUUCGGGAGUGCUUAGCUGAAACAGAGCGGAAUGCCAGGUCCUAGCCGCCUUGUCUGCUGGGAGGGUCUCUCGACAGUGAGAGGUGACAGCUCAUCUUCCCUGUUCAGAUGAAACUCUUGUUUUCAAAAUGAUAACAGUUUAGUUUUUUCUCCCAAGAUUCACAAUCUCAAAAUAUUGGGAAAAUAUUUCGAAGUUAAUUAGGAUUUGCAUUUUACAUAGUUAGGAAUGACCCAGGUUUUUUUUUUUUUUUUUUUUUUUUUUUUUUUUUUUUUU